AUGGCUUCCCUAGAACCCCUGCGACAUCUAGUGCGAUUCCAUCCGCUCAUCGACAACCACGCCCACAAUCUUUUAGACCGCGAAUCAGUCACCGACUAUGAUAGCUAUCCUCUCGAAGCCAUUACGUCCGAAGCUCACGGUCGGGCUUUGCAAAAUUCCCAUAAAUCUCUGCCAUUAAUUCGGGCAAGAAGCCAGCUGGCGGAGCUCUAUGGCAGUCCCUGCGAAGACUGGGCCGAUAUCCUGUCGGCCAGGGACCAGUUGAUAAAGCAGGACUAUGACGGAUUGGUCCGCCGGUGCUUACAAGGAACGCACAUGCUCUUGCUGGACGAUCUUUUAGCCGACGAGGACGUUGAGCCCUUCGACUGGCAUGAUCGUUUUACUGUUUCAAAAACGAAACGUAUCGUCCGCAUCGAAGCCGUGGCGGCUUCUCUCAUCCGCCAACUUGGCAGUGGUGAGCGCAAGCCCGGCGAAACUGUCUGGGGUAUUUUCCGUCAACAAUUCCAAAAUGCUUUGUCUGAGGCAAUGGAGGACCCAGCCGUCGUUGGGUUGAAGUCCGUCGUUUGUUAUCGGACAGGUCUGGAUAUUGAUCCUUACUCUUCCGACGACGUCACUCUAGCUGCCUCGCUGGUUCGCACUCUUGAUUCGGGUACUACCAAGUCAGGGUAUCGGGUCGAAGACAAGCCACUGAAUGACUGGUUAGUUCAGCAGACGUUGAAAGCUAUCACCUUCCGCAAAAGAAGCGGCAUUGUGAAGCCCUUGCAAUUCCACACGGGCUUGGGGGACAAUGAUAUCAGCCUUCUCAAAGCCAAUCCGGCGUACUUGCAACCGCUUAUUGCGCAAUAUCCUGAUGCUGACAUUGUGCUGCUGCACUCUGCAUAUCCUUAUACGCGGGAUGCAGGUUAUCUGGCUUGCGUGUAUCCCAACGUGUACCUUGACCUGGGUGAGGUCUUUCCCAUGGUCAGUCGCGAGGCGCAGGAGAGAAUUUUGCGCGAAAGCCUGGAGAUUACACCAACUAGCCGUCUUCUUUGGAGCACAGACGGCCAUUUCCACCCAGAGACAUUCUGGCUUGCCAAUCGACAGUUCCGCCAGGCCCUGGAAACAGUAAGUGGCAAAUAUUCGCUGGUUUUCUACGGAUGGAUGCUCAUAUUCCUGCCUUUGCAGGUUCUUGUGGACUAUGUCCAGAACAGGGAUUAUACUAUUUUUCAAGCCAUGACGGCCGCUGCCGACAUUCUCUUUAACAACUCUAACUGCCUUUACGGACUGAAGCAAACAGCCCAAUACACUCCCGACAAGAUAUCCCAGUUAUCACUGACAAAAGAAACCAAUUUACCAUCUAUCUCAAACAAACUCGAUCAAUUCCUGCUCGCUCAUCCAGAGAUCGAGUACAUCUGGAUGCAAUGGGUCGACUACACAGCAACACUGCGCGUACGAAUGUUCCCAAUCCGCGAAUUUGCUCGGAUCGCUCAAUCACAGCGGCGAGUCGGUGUCACACUAGGAGUCCUAUGGAUGCUACAAGAUGACUUUGUCGCACCGGGAGGAUCAACCACUGGGCAGUUCUACUUGGAGCCCGACCUCGACAGUCUGUAUCCCAACGGGGCUAUGACGACCCCGGCAGCACCAAGCGCGACAGUCAUGACCUUCUGGCGCUCAGAAACCAAUGCCCCGAUGGACGAAUGCCCGCGGACCACGUUGCAGACUAUCGUCAAUAAGCUACAUGCGGAGCACCAAAUUGACAUUCUUUGUGGCUUUGAGAUUGAAGUAGUAUUCUUGCAGCCUGUCGCAACCACUGACGAAUCCACCGACAGAGCGACAGCGUACAGGCCAGCGACGGCCAACCACUCCUGGUCACAGAUGACUGCCGACACGCGGCGAAUGGUCCCAAUUCUUGAAGAAGUUGUGCGCACGUUGGCAUCUAUGGGCAUUGAGUUACAGCAAUUCCAUGCCGAAUCAGCGCCUGGCCAGUUCGAAUUCAUCCUUCCUCCCACCAACCCGCUCAAAGCCGUCGACGCUCUUUUCGCCGCUAGACAAGUUGUUGUAGCUAUCGCAGACCGGCAUGGUCUGCGAGCUACGCUGCAUCCACGGCCAAUUCCCGGUAAUGCAGGUAGUGCUACCCAUGCACAUCUUUCUAUUCAUCCUCCGACGCGCCAAGAUUCUUUCCUCGCCGGCAUCCUAACUCACUAUCCAGCUCUGGUAGCCUUUACACUUGCCCAGGAUGCAAGCUAUGAUCGCGUUAAAUCUGGUAUCUGGUCAGGCUCUGAAUGGGUUGCUUGGGGUUUCCAAAAUCGCGAGACUCCUGUUCGCAAGAUCGGCCCGGGACACUGGGAGCUCAAGUCGCUGGACGGGUUGGCAAAUCCUUACCUGGCUGUUGCUGCUGUUUUGGCUUGUGGCUAUUUGGGGUUGAAGGCUGACCUGCCUCUGACGAUACAGGAUUGUACCGUCGAUCCGUCUACUCUCUCUCAGGCACAACGCACUGCCAUUGGGAUUACAACACCUCUCCCAACAAGCAUUUCCCAGAGUCUCGCGGCUCUCGAAGCAGAUGAAGCCCUACAAGAGCUUAUUGGUCCGAAACUUGUACAAAAUUAUUUGAUUGUCAAGCGCACCGAGGCAGAACGCUUGAAUUCAAUGCCCGAGGACCAGCGCCGACUGUGGCUGGUUGAACGAUACUAA